AUGGCGCUCAAGAGCGUCCUAACCGAGUCAACGUUGGCAAAAUAUGGGAGAGCCAUGCGAGAUGCGCCUCGCGAGGUGAUAGUCAACAGACACCUGCUCCUAUCGGCAGCCCUAUACGCAAUGUGCGGCGUGCCAAUCACUUGGGACCAAGGUUCAUCCUCCGUAAUUCCAUCCUUGCCAGGAUUUCAACAGUACUUUGGCAUCAGCUCCGGCACCAAUUCGAAAGAAAUAUCCAACUUCGUGUCCAUCGUCUACAUAGGCUGUGGUGUCGGUGCAGGCCUCUCCUUCUUCAUCAAUGAUCGGAUCGGGAGGCUCUGGGCGCUGAGACUGUACAUGCUCAUUUGGGUUAUUGGUCAGCUCAUUGCUGUGUUCGCCCCAAAUCUACCGGCGUUGUAUGCAGCCCGCAUCGUUGCAGGUCUCGGCAUUGGACCAUGUACAGUCUUGGGAACCAUGUCAAUAGUAGAGAUUGCGCCCCCAGAGACCCGCGGACUGCUGGCCUCUUGGUUUUCAGUGGCCAUGCUCAUGUCCCUGUUCGUCUCAAUCUUCUGCGUCUAUGGCGUCUUUGCUACAAUGGCCGCUACACGACUGCAGUACCAGGUUGUUUGGUUCUCACCUUGCAUAUGGAUCGUUUUGUGCAUUACCGCGAGUUUCUUCAUGUGCGAUUCGCCUCGUUGGCUUUUCCUGGUCGGCCGCCACGACGAGGCUAUUGAGACGCUAGAGAAGCUCCGUGGUUUGCCGCGCGAUCAUCCUCGCAUUCAAGCCGAAAUCAGUGCUAUCCAAGAUUCCAUCACUGACGAGACAAACGCGAAUGGAUCAGGAUUUGUGGCGAUUUUGAAAGAGACAUUUCUCGUGCCGGCGAACCUACGCCGAGUCCAGCAGUCUCUUGUGUCGUACGCCCUAGCUCAACUAUCGGGUGCAAACUCGGUCACUUCUUACCUAGUUCCCAUUCUGACGCUGAUGGGCCUUGGAGGAGGGACGACGCGAUCCCUGUUCCUGAGUGGCAUGUACGCCAUGGCAAAGUUCUUCUUCACUCUGCUGGCAUCUUUCUUCUUCAUUGAUGCUUUGGGCAGACGGCGGUCACUAUUCGUUGGUGUCACCAUUCAAAUGAUUUCUGACCUAUACAUUGGCAUUUUCCUCAAAUACAAGCAACAGGGAGAAGUCGCGCCUGGCUCAUCCCAGGCUGCCAUUGCUGCCAUCUUCUUUCAUGGAUUUGGAUACGCUGUCGGCUUGCUUAUUCUUCCUUACGUAUUUGGUGCUGAGCUCUGGCCGAAUCGAAUCCGGUCCUUUGGCAGUGCCAUGUCACAAAUGUUUCAUUGGCUCUUCUACUAUGGAGUCAAUGCCGGUAUGCCGUCUCUCUUAUCACAGACGAACAACUGGGGUGCUUUUAUCUUCUUCGCAGCCUGGUGUUUCAUUGCACUUGUCUACGUAUAUCUGACCGUGCCCGAGAUCGCCGGACUCAGCGUGGAAGAGCUUGACGCCAUCUUCAAGGGUGGAUGGUUCCAUGCUUACAAAACGACACGAAAGCCUCGGGUCGUGGAUGGAGUGGAAGAUGGCGAUUUAUCGUAA